GCCAAUGGCCAGACGCCUUGCAAACGCUUGUCGCGCCGAGUGCGGCUGCGCGGGAGAUUCAAAUCGUCGGCGGUUCCUCGCUGGGGGAGCGGCUGCGCUGCUGCUGGUCCGCGUCCUCUAGACAUGGAUAGCCCGGAAAAUGUUUUUCAAAUGUUUGAAGCCCAUAUGCAGAGCUACAAGGGUGAUGACCCACUUGGUGAAUGGGAAAGUUACAUACGGUGGGUAGAAGAGAAUUUUCCUGAGAAUAAGGAAUACUUGACAACUUUAUUAGAACAUUUAAUGAAAGAAUUUUUAGAUAAGAAGAAAUACCACAAUGACCCAAGAUUCAUCAGUUAUUGUUUAAAAUUUGCCGAGUACAACAGUGAUCUUCAUCAGUUUUUUGAGUUUCUGUACAACCACGGGAUCGGAACCACGUCAUCCCCUCUGUACGUAGCCUGGGCUGCGCAUCUGGAAGGCCAGGGAGAGCUGCAGCAUGCCAGUGCCAUCUUUCGGAGAGGACUUCAACACCAGGCCGAACCAAGAGAGCAGCUGCAACAACACUACAGGUUAUUUCAGGCACGCCUUGCUGAAACCCACUUGCCAACUCAAGCUAGAACCUUGGAACCUCUCCAUAACGCUCAGAUUUUAAAUCAAAUGGUGACAUCAAAAUCAAAUCCAGGAAACAACUCAGCCUGCAUUUCUAAGAAUCAGGGCUCAGAAGUUUCUGGGGUGAUUUCUUCAGCUUGCAAUAAAGAGUCGAAAAUGCAACAAAGGGUGAUCAUGAUUUCCAAAUCAGGAUAUUCUGCACAACCGUCUCUAGCAGCCAAAGCUGAUGUUCAGCAGGUUGUUAUGUAUUGCAAGGAGAAGCUUAUUCGUGGAGAAUCCGAAUUUUCCUUUGAAGAGCUGAGAGCCCAGAAAUACAGUCAACGGAGAAAGCAUGAACAAUGGGUAAAUGAAGAUAGACAUUAUAUGAAAAGAAAAGAAGCAAAUGCUUUUGAAGAACAACUAUUAAAACAGAAAAUGGAUGAACUUCAUAAGAAGUUGCAUCAGGUGGUGGAGACGUCCCAGGAGACCCUGCCUGCUUUUCAGGAAAGGUCUGAGGUUAAUCCGGCACGUUCGGGGCCAAGUGCAGGCUCCCAGCAGGAACCGAGAGCUCUGUGUCUUCCAGCCAUCAAUCAGCAGACCUCAAAGAACAUGGGGGAGAGACCCAGAGAGGCAACACCCGUUGCUCCUCCUAUGGCAAAUACUGUCACUGCCGCUUCGGUGUCCCCAGCCAUCAGCCAGAGUGUAUCUCUUCCUGUUCCUCUGGCAGCCCAGCCAGUGACAGACUCCAUGUUUCCAGUGGCCAGAAAAGAUGACGGAUGUGUGACUAAAAGUACUCAUGAAUUCAAACCACAGAGUGGGGCAGAGAUAAAAGAAGGGUCUGAAACACAUAAGGUUGUUAACACAGGUUCUUUUCACACAACUCCAAACACGUCACUGGGAAUGGUUCAGGCAACCCCAUCCAGGGUACAGCCAUCACCCACCGUGCACACAAAAGAAGCAUUAGGUUUCAUCAUGAAUAUGUUUCAGGCUCCGACGCUUCCUGAUAUUUCUGAUGACAAAGAUGAAUGGCCAUCUCUAGAUCAAAAUGAAGAUGCUUUUGAGGCCCAGUUUCAAAAAAAUGCAAGUUCUUCUGGGGCUUGGGGAGUCAAUAAGAUCAUCUCUUCUUUGUCAUCUGCUUUUCCUGUGUUCGAGGAUGGAAACAAGGAAAAUUAUGGAUUACCACAGCCUAAAAAUAAACCCACGGGAGCCAGGACCUUUGGAGAACGCUCUAUGAGCAGAUUUCCUUCAAAACCAAAUGAAGUACCUCACACUGAAGAGUUCUCAGAUGAUUCAACCGUAUGGGGCAUCCGCUGCAACAAAACCCUGGCGCCCAGUCCUAAGAGCCCGGGAGCCUUCACCUCUGCUGCACAGCUUGCAUCUACUCCUUUCCACAAGCCACCAGGGGACUCCGUGCACGCUCUGGAAGACAAAGAAAACGUGGUAGCAAAACAGUGCCCCCACGUGACUCUGGCUUCUCGUGAAGAAAACGUGGUGGAACCCUCAAAAGACAGAAAGUUCAGUCCCAUUCAAGAGAAAAGCCCAGAACCAGCGUUCCCUACAGAUGUAUCUUCAGCAUCCGUGCUCCGUGUGAGCCAGCCUCCUGCAGACGGUGUGCUAACCAGUGAGGUACAGCAGAGCCUUGAGGCUUGUAAACUCAUAGACACUGACCUCGCCGUUGCAGAAGAUGCAUCAGAUGCCAAUGCUGGGCACCAAGCAGAAUGGAUGCAGACUAAUUCACUUGGGAAUGUUGAUGUUGCAAAUUUGACUGUUGAGAAUCCAUGGGAUGAUAAGUUGAUUCUCAAACUUUUAUCUGGGCUUUCUAAGCCAGUGAGAUCCUAUCCAAAUACUUAUGAAUGGCAAUGUAAACUUCCAGCCAUCAAGCCCAAGACUGAGUUUCAACUGGGUUCUUUGCUGGUCUACGUCGAUCACCUUCUUGGAGAAGGGGCCUUUGCCCAAGUCUAUGAAGUUACCCAUGGAGAUAUGAACGAUGCCAAAAAUAAACAGAAGUUCGUUUUAAAGGUCCAGAAGCCUGCCAACCCCUGGGAAUUCUACAUCGGGACCCAGCUGAUGGAGCGACUAAAGCCAAACACGCGACACAUGUUCAUCAAAUUCUAUUCCGCCCACUUAUUCCAGAAUGGCAGUGUGUUGGUAGGCGAUCUCUACAGCUAUGGCACGUUGCUGAAUGCAAUCAAUCUCUAUAAAAAUACCCCUGAAAAGGUGAUGCCUCAAGCUCUAGUCCUCUCUUUUGCGCUCAGAAUGCUCUACAUGAUCGAACAAGUGCACAGCUGUGAAAUUAUUCAUGGAGACAUUAAGCCAGACAAUUUCAUACUUGGAAACAGAUUUUUGGAACAGGAUGGUGACGAUGAUGAUAUAUCUGCUGGCUUGGCAUUGAUUGACCUGGGGCAGAGUAUAGAUAUGAAACUUUUUCCGAAAGGAACUACAUUUACAGCAAGGUGUGAAACGUCUGGUUUUCAGUGUAUUGAGAUGCUCAGCAACAAACCAUGGAACUACCAGCUUGACUACUUUGGAGUGGCCGCAACAGUGUACUGCAUGCUUUUUGGCACUUACAUGAAAGUGAAAAACGAAGGAGGAGUUUGGAAGCCCGAAGGUCUUUUUAGGAGGCUUCCUCAUCUGGAUAUGUGGAGUGAAUUUUUUCACAUCAUGUUGAAUAUUCCAGAUUGUCAUCAUCUUCCAUCUUUGGAUCUGUUAAGGCAAAAGCUGAGGAAAAUAUUUCAACAACACUAUACAAACAAGAUUAAGACCCUACGUAACAGGCUGAUCGUACUGCUCUUAGAAUAUAAGCGUUCUCGAAAAUAAAAUUCGGACAUUCCCUAAAAAUCACUUUGUAAAUGCUCGCGUACUCACUUUGACCCUUGAUGUCUUCCACACUUGUUGUUUAUGUCAAUAUUUCUUAAAAAUAAAGUCUACAACAUAUGUC